UCAAGAUUCCAAUUAUUUGUAAAAGUCACUGUGAGUCUGUGACUAAAACCGUGAAGAGUUCUUCGUUGGAUGACAUUUCCAAACUCUGCCGAAUUCGUCUCGCAUAACAUACUUUAAUAGUCAGAAGUGUUUUCAAUUCCAUCUCUGAUCGAGCGACGACGGGCUGCACCAACGUCAUCGGCGACCUGCACGAUGCUGGUUUACGGCGACAACGAGCACAACGUGUGCGGAUGGAACACGGUGAACGUCCUCGUCGACGGACUGCUGCAGCACGGCCGCGUCAUCAACAUCGUCGACACCGGUCUGAUCGUUGAUUUCGGAUGUGCCACCCAGUGUGCGCAGUUCGUCGCCUCCGGGCGCAUUUUUCACAGUGAGUAUUUCGACAACAGACCCGACGCGGGCGAUGACGCGGUGCAGGUGCUCCUGCGCCCCCAUCCCACUGCUCCCUGGACGUGGUAUCCGGGGAAGAUCUUGGCCCUGGGAGGCUACAGUACACGCGAUUGCGAUGCGCACUUCGUGGAAGUGACGCUGCCGUACGGCACCAUCAGGGAACUCCUUCCCUGCUUCCAAGUACGCCGACCGCCCACGGAUGCAGAGUAUCAAGAAGGGCGUGUGGAGAAGAAUGAUUUUCUCAUCCGCUGUUGCCCGCUACCGGCCGCCUACUGGUCCGAUGGAGUGCCCGCGGUGCAUGAGCGGUUCCAGGCAGGGUUGAGCCGACGCUAUGAUGUCCUGUGCACCGUCGUGCUCAGCCAGGCACUGCUGUACCUGCAGUGCAAGCUUGACACUCCACUGACGAUUCAGCAAGUGGAAGACGUCUAUGGGGAAGCGAAGAACGGGACGCCGGAGAUCUGCUCAGCAGGGUUAUGGUCCCCUAUGAUUAAUGCAUCCAUCCUGAAAGGCCGGUUUUCUUGUUUGUACGAGGACGUCGAAAUUCCUAGACCGAGCCCGCCGUUGGCCAUUCAUCUGUGGGUGGAAAUCUUCCAGACGCUAGACUCUAUCGAGCGUGUCCGCUGUCGUCGUGUAUGUCCGUUGUGGAACACCCUACUCACCACCGACGUAUACUUCCCCGAUGUGCGCGUGUCCGGCAGUUUAAUCAGUGCCUACGGUGAUGUGGGCCUGUCGGAUUAUGAGCAGCAGCAGCAUCCAGUACGUACUGGAUGGUCAACUGUCUGCUGAAAUGUUUCAACAGCCGCACCAAGCGGCUCGUGCUGACGGAUACCGGCUUAUGGGAACCCGAUGACUUGUUCCCGCUCAUGCGGCACAUCCUCCACACCAGCCGAAUCCCGCUACUGGUGCUCGACCGGUGUGACUUCAGUGAGUCAUUUGGCGACAUGGCGAGCCUACUGAAAUGCAUGGCCCGCGUGGCGGUGGGGUAUUUGUCACUGUUCGAGAGGAUCGUGUGGAAGCAGUGCUCCAUCGAAGAAGACUGUCUCAAGGUUCUGGUGAAGCGGCACAAUUUCGCGCCCUGUCGAUGGAGGGGAUGCAGUUGGCGCUGUGGGAUCUCUUCGAGAACAGUCUGGUUCUCCCGGAGCCGUUGGACCGCUUGGAAUGGUUCUCCCGGAGCCGCUCGGCAAGGGGUACAGGGACAUCAAACAGAGCAGUUUCGGGCCUUGGGCCGUGUUUUAAAGCGCUUAACACAGUUUGUGUAUGGACAAUAUACUUAAAGGGACCGUGAUAUUACUAAACCACCCAUAGAGACCUUCCAGUGGUCACCUAUUUAAGUCAAUGGGCGACAUAACUUCAAGGGGCCAGGCUGCAGUUAUUUGGCCCCAGAACCAAUACUCAGUGAAGUUAAUGGAAGUAUUAAAACUUCAACCCUGUCAGCACGAUGCUGUAGAAGCAUACUGUACAAUACUGCACAUGGUUCGGCCAGCACACCUUCACCGGUCAGUUCUGGAACCACCAGGCCUGUACCGCGACACUCUGAAACUACCGGACGGCUGGACCUCGGUCCCUUUCAGCCAAGGCAAAGCUUUGGUUUAGGAAGUCACCUGAUCGGACACCAUGGCCAAUUCCCACCCUUAGGAGAUCCCAGGAGGCCGGGGCUGCCGCCACCAUGGCAGAGGCAAAAAAAACAUAAGCUCGGAUAUUUACGCGAUAAUUUAAACAUUCUCUGUUCCUUGGGGUACUAUUUUUAUUGCACCUUGCUAAGCCAGUUUGAACAUCCAAAACACACACAAGCAUGACACAGCAUCAAAAGACAGCGGAAACAUGCGGCCGAAUGCGGCCGAACUUCUCUGUUUUAGUCUUUGAAACAAUGGGCGUGUGCGGGAAAGGAGCGAAAUUUAAGAAAUGCGGUAAAAUGCUCGGUAAAAUGCUUUUUGAGAGGACACUGGAGAAACGGUCCACUCAGUUUCCCAAGCAGAGAAUCUGUGUUGCUAUGAUGCGAGGUAACGCUGCCUGUGUUCAGAAACGUUUUGUAUCGGUAAGACAUGGUGCCGAUAAAUUAGAAGAAUUUUUUCCUAUUUUUGUUGUAAAACUCAUGCAUUGUAACUGUCUUGUGAUAUUAAAAUGAUGUGUUGAAAUGAUGAGAACUGCUUAAUUUUGAGUUUAACCAAUGUUUACUUGAAUAACCCAAUA